GUAUACGGAGAGACAACAAAAUAUGCAGGUAAGUGUUUAGGCUUUUUAUGGUUUCAAAUGUUAUGGUUUGAAAAAUGUAUCUUAUACUUAUAAUUUAAGUGGGCUGAUUAGCAGGCUCAAGAUAUAGUAUUUUAGCAACUUACAGUAUCAUUCCUUUUAAAGAGAUUUUAUGCAUCCUUUUAUGGUAUUUUAUGCACUUCUCAGCAACAUAUGAACCUAGCAAUGUGAGGCUCUUUGAAUUGCACCCAAUUUAUUUAUGUUAAAUUUUUUUAUGAAUGUUUGUUCCCCAAGAGGAUAUAUUAAGCAACAUGGAUUUGGUAAAACGCACCAAAUCAAAGGUGGGCCGCCUACAAAAUCUGAAAGGCCAGCAGCUCUACAGACAACUCCUCAACAAUGCCACCUGCGGUCUCACCUUCUCCAAAGAUGUUAUAUGGGAGAUGGGGUCAGACAGUAUACCUUACAGUCAAGCUGACUUCCACUGGCUUUUCAAUGCCUCUGGACCUCUGGCACCAAGUCCCAAGCUGAAGAGCACAGGGAUAAAAUCGUUGAAAGGUAUCCCCCUUCAUCCUUCACCUCAGGAUCCUGCCAAGAACAGAGGCUUCAGAGACCCUCCCUCUAUGCUCCCUGAAUUACAAAUAUCCCAACUUGCUCCAUUAACUGCCAAAGACUCCUUUACACUGCCUAGUCACCAGGGGGGGCUCUUAGAUUCCUUUAAAAGGACAGGACUACGAGGAGUUUCUAAUGUUUACAACUGUCUAGAGGAAGCAUCUACAGGAGGCAGGGAGGACCGUUUAAAGAGCUGCCACUGGGAUGAGUUUGUGCUAAAGAAGCUGUCCAAGACCACAGCCCAGUGGAUAGUGAGUCAACAGAUUCCAAACCAGUGCCAGAAUAAGACUCGGCUGCAGUCACUGCUGAGGAGUCAGUAUGGUUCGGCCAGCGCCACAGAUCUAGUCAAUGAGGAGCCCAUGUGUGAGGAGGAUUUCUGCAGCUACCAAGAUCUCCACAAGCAGACUGAGAAGCAGCGGGCUCUUCAGAGCAGCAAGGCUGAGACACCUCUUCCUGUAUACUACAGGCAAGGAGACAAAACCUACUGUAAUAUUUCAUGUUGAAUUAUUGAGUCCCCAGUCAGUUUUACGCCUCAAACAAAUAGUGUCCAAUGCACUAAAGUUGAUGUUUUAUGUGAGUUUCUAUAAUGUGUAGAUCAUCAGAAUUUGUAUUCACGGUUUCAUAUCACUGAUCUCUAUUUUCACUUGACAUCCCUGCCGCAGGGUGCAGGGCUACUCUCUUCCCCCUGCAUGUUCUGAUGAGCCUGGGGGUAUGAACCAGACUGCCAACACUGUAGCAGUCAAGCACAUUGAAACACCUCAACCUCCUCGUCUUCAGGAUAGCCUCAACCCCCGUGCUGGAAGCCAUGUCUUGCACACAGAGAACAACUUUGAACAGGAAAUAUUUUCUGGUACACCCUCUCUCUCAAUUCACAUUCAACUGAAAAAAGUAUUUUCUACAUUGGUUAUUGAUCUACAUCAUAUUGCCUUGACUUUGCAUGUUGCAGGAAUAGCCAAACAGGUACAUCAGCGUGAUCCACGGAACCACGAUCGCAUCAUCAUGGACAACAAUUCAGAGUACCAAAAGAACCUUCAAGACUUUUUCCCCUGUGGUCCAGAUAAGUGGACGAAGGCUUCAGCAGCAACCAUGCACAAUGAGACACAAGGUUGGGACUUUAACCAAAGAAAUACAACCUCUGAUAAAGGCAAGGUUUUACUAAUUCAAAUUCCAUUGGGUAGGAAUGCGACGGGUGGAGAAAGGUGCUCGGCGGUGGGUGGACCUGCCUACCACUGCUGACUAUGCCACAGAGGUGGGUCUGAGACCUCCUGACUACAGCGGGCAAGACACAGAGGUGCCCAGACAGCAACCCCUCUACAACCCUAUGCCUGAGCUCUCCUCCUUACGCUACGCAGUGGAGGGAUGGAGGAGCGCCUGGAAGAUCAGGUGGUCUCCUUGUCAUUAAAUAUUGAUGUUCUCUAAGCAUUUGUCAAUAUCACUGUGCUGUUAAGCCUAAUUUAUUUCACAUCGUUACACUACAGCAUGCCCAGACAUACUCCAAAGUUACUGUAUAUUGUCACAGAAGACAAGCACUUCAGUUUGCUCUUUAAUCUGAGGAGGCUGUUCCUUCCUGUUCUAGAGAUCACCUGGCAGAGUGUGACUAUUGAAGGGCUGAAGAGGGCCCUUAAAGACCUGCACUACUACGUUCGCCUGUCAGCCAUAGCCACUUGUGCAUCAGGGGCAGUGAACAGACCGAGGGAAGAGCAACAUCCCACAGAUACAGGUGAGAUGUAAUAGAUUGCGUCAUAUCUCAACUAAUCUUUUUCAAUUUGUUUAGGUACUUGUGUGUGAGUAUGUACAUAUAUAGUGGACAUGGACAAAACAUACUUUAGCACUUGUUUUUGUGAAACCCACCCCAGGUCAGUAUGGCCGUGUGUGGGACAUCCAGCCAGUUCCUCAGGAGCUCCAGCCACUUCUUCUCCUGGCUCUCGACGACCCUGUGAAGAGAGUUCAGAUGGCAGCAGCAGUGUGCCAGUAUGCCAUGGGCACGCCAGACUCCCGAGCCCGAAUAAUCCUCCGCAAUGCACUACAUCAAGGUUAGGUCAUACUGUAUUUAUUUUGGAGUACAUUGUAAUAACACAUACCUUAAAAGAUAGUUGCACCUCAUGUCUUUCCCUACCACCAAGGCCCAGAUUGUCUGUGUGAAUACUCACAUCUGAAAGGAAUAUAAACUGUAAAUGGAACACCAAUACUUUAAGUAAAUAACUUAGGUAUGGGUUUAUUAUUCAGGAUGAAUUGCGUUUCACUGACAUCAAAUGAAUGGUGUAGUGUUUCGUGUCAGACUCUGCAGGUGCAGGUGCAGACAGCUGGGUGGCAGCACAGUGCCUGGCCAUGGAAGGGGAGCACAGUCGGACAGUCAUUCAGAGACUUCUCUCCCAGCACUUCGUCAGUGAGGUUCAAACAGAUAAUGAACAGUCAGCCGCUCUACUUGCCAGCAUCAGUAGCAAGACAGUACGUAACUCCAAUUUGUUCCCCUUAAAUUGCUUAAACUAAAUGAUAUACCCAUUAUAUACCCAGUCAUUGGGGCAAGCACUAUUAGCCUAUGCUCUUCUGUUUAAUCACAAAUCCAUGAUAAAUGAAAUGUCAUUUUUCUGGUCUUAACAUUUUUCUUUAGACUCUAGUUCACUCUCUGCUGGCUGAGGAGUUGAAUUGUGCCAACUGGAGGACCAGACUCAUGGCUUGCAACACUAUCUCCCAAUUGAAAGGCCCAAUUAAUAAGGUGUCUACUGCAAUCUCAUACAUUUUAUAGAUUUCUUGAGGCCCUAAUUCUGUGAUUUUAUUUGGUGUCUCAAAUCAAACCUAAAUUAUGAUACUGAUAUGUGAUUAUGUACUCAUUAGAAAUUAUUUUUUGUAGGACCUUGCAAACAAGUUGAUCUACCUGAUGUGGAAUGACUGGAGUGGUAAAGUGAAACAGACUGCAGCCCAGGCCCUGGGGAAACUAGGAAUGGGACGAGAUGUGCACAACGAGCUGAGGUACCAGAUUGGCAUUUGGUGAUCACUAAUGAGCUGAUCAGAGGGCAUCUCACUCUUUUCCUAAAACCUCACCCAUUGGCUGUUUCAGAAUGAAGCUAGAGGAAGGUCCCGCCUCCUGGAAGGUGGAGGCUCUCAUCCUCAUAGCUCAGCUACAGAUCAUGACCGCCAAGCUGCUGCCACCCUUCCUGAAAUGUUUCAAUGACAACUUUGUGGCUGUGAGGAAACAGGCCUGUCUGACUGCUGCAGCUCUCAUUAUGAUGGACAGCAUGGUGAGAAAGGGUUGAGGAGAGGCAGCAGUUUGCAGACGUUUGUCUCGACUUCGUCUCGUGCCUAAUACUCAUGCCAAUAUAUCCUAUAAACCACGCCUUCUUUGGCAAUAUCACUUCAUUAUAGAUAGAUGAUGGACUUCAGGUGAAAAAAUGCCUCGUCUUUACUUUUUGGUUUUAGGUCUUGAAUCAGCUGAUUCAGCUAACGCAGAAUGACCCAGCAUGGGAGGUUAAAGUUGUUGCAAUCAGUGGUAAGCAGCAUGGUGAUGACCACUGGCCAACAGAGUAGAUUUUGUAAUGACAGUGUGAAACUGCAACUGCACUACAUAUGCAACUUUCUGUGAUAGUGUAUCUAAAUAUACAGUAUAAGUCUAGUGUCAGAAAGCAGAUGUGUGAACAUGUUGAGGCACUGCAAUUGUUUGUUAGCUUUAGGGAAGAUAGGUUGCCUCACGCCCACCCUCCAGGACCUCCUCCUCUGGGCAUUACAUCAUGAGGAGGAACCCCAGGUACGCAUCGCUGCCUGUGAGGCCCUAAAGAUCCUUAAAGUGAAGGGACCAGAGCUGCAGCAUCUCCUACAGGAGCGGUUUGUACUGGAACCCCACCCCCAGGUCCAUAGGUGAGUCAGAGUUCAGUUCAAAAUCCAUCCCACUGGGCACAGACGUCAAUUCGAUGUCUAUUCCACUUUGGUUCCACGUCAUUUCAUUGAAAUGAUGUGGAAACAACGUUGAUUUAAUUAGUGUGUGCCCAGUGGGAUAUAAUGUCAUGCCAUAUCUGUGUUAGCUUUACCGGUAUGAGUGUUUAUCCAUGUAGCUAUGUCCAUAACAUUAUAAACAAUAAAUCAAUGUUUUUUCUUUGUCUACAAGGCAUAUACAGGGGCUCCUCAAAAAAUAUGGCUACAGUAUUGAAGGAGACAAGGGCAUGGUCCACAAGAUCAAAGAUCAGGUAAAUUAGUUUCAAGGUUAGCCAUGGAAAGGCACUCAUGUUUUUGUUGCAAACUGAGGGCCAUCAGUUCCGUCCUCCUGGUUUGCAGGUUCAGAGGCUAUGCACCAAGCGCAUCAUCACAGACAAAGUGCUGUUGAUGGAGAAGCUGGAGGACAUGUACCAGCAGCAGAGGAAGUAUCUGGUAAAUGAGAGCCAGCCGGACACUACGCCAAUAUCACGGCUGCUGCAGGAACGCUACAACAGUGAGUGACGGACUACUACGGUGUGUUCAGCUGAGUUAAAGAUAUAAUUUAAUUAUUGAUGUUCAGUGAAUUAGAGCCAUCUUAUUUCCCGAAGUUACAGUAUAUGCAGUUUGCUGACUGCGAUGAAUAUCGUUUUUGAAGAAGGUAACAUGAAACUAUUGUGGGCAUUGUCUUUUUCUAGGGAUGAAACAUUGCCCUUCCACAGUAAGGCCGACUCACUCCUCAGAUUCCUCUGUGACUCAGGUAUUCCCUGUCCUCUCGGAGUUCCUAGUCUUGUUGCAGAACUAG